GUCACACGAUGAGGAAGGGAGAAUUGAACUUUUGAAUGAAGAUCAAAUAUAUGUGCUUUUAGGGCUUAGAGAUGACGAGAGUGCACAUGUGGCUGCACCAAAUGAUCGACCAAUGGAUAUGCAGAGUGUUGAUAAUACUAAUGAUGCCGCAAUUCCUACUAGUGAUGCUAUACCAAGUGAGUUGGUAAUUUCAUAUGAUAAGGACCACCCCAAGAUGGACCUCGGCACUAUCUACCCAUGUAUGAAAGAGUUCAGGAUGGCAGUGCGGCAAUUUGCCAUCAACGAAGAGUUUGAUCUGGGAACUGAGAAGUCUGAUCCGACCAGGUUUAGAGGUUUCUGCAAGUCCACUGAUGACUGCCCUUGGAAAAUCAAUGCCUCGAAGCAUAAGGGUGCAAGCACUGUAGAGGUUACGGUUUUAACUGAUCACCAUACAUGUGUUUCCACGAUGAGGGUGAAGACUAUUACACCAUCUCGUAACUGGGUAGCUAGCAAGGCUGUUAGUAUCCUAGGGAUUAUCCUCAUAUUGGUGCUAAAGAGCUUCAGGACAAGUUGCAGAAAGAGCACAAUGUUACAAUUUUAUAUGACACGGUCUGGAGGGGUAGAGAAAUAGCUCUUGCGGAGGUUUAUGGUAACUGGGAAGAGAGUUUUGAGCUGCUAUAUAGAUGGAAGGCUGAGGUGUUGAAGAGAUCACCUGGAAGUGUGGUGGAAAUUGAUGUGCUUGAAGUGGAUGGUAAAGUUUAUUUCCAUCAUUUUUUCUGUGCUCUUAAACCAUGUAUUGAUGGUUUUUUGCAAGGAUGUAGGCCUUACUUGAGCAUAGAUUCCACAGCACUUAAUGGAAGGUGGAAUGGCCAUUUAGCCUCAGCGGUAGCAGUUGAUGGUCAUAAUUGGAUGUACCCACUUGCUUAUGGGUUUAUAGCUUCUGAAACAGAGGACAACUGGACUUGGUUUAUGACCCAACUAAAGAAGUCCAUAGGUGAUCCUCCACUCCUUGCAGUGUGCACAGAUGCGUGCAAGGGUUUAGAGAAUGCAGUGAAGCACGUGUUCCCAAAGGCAGAGCAAAGAGAAUGCUUUCUUCAUCUUAUGAAAAAUUUCCAGAAAAAGUUUAGAGGGUUCGGAAGGAUGUAUCCUGCAGCAAGGGCAUAUGAUCAAGAUAUAUUCUUUGAGCACAUGGCUGCAAUCAAAUGUGAAUCACAAGAAGUGGUGAAAUGGUUAACUGACUACCAUAACCUGUUGUGGUAUAGGUGUGGCUUUAAUCCAGAUAUCAAGUGCGACUACAUCACUAAUAAUAUAGCUGAGGCUUUUAAUAAUUGGAUACGAGACAUUAAGGACUUACCUGUUGCUGAACUUGCUGAUAAGGUUCGAGAGAUGAUUAUGAGAUUGUGGAACAAGAGGAGAAAUAUUGCAGAUAGACUGACGGUUGGGAGGAUACUUCUAGGUGUUAUGGUUCAGCUAAAGGCCAACACUAGAGGAUUGGGACACUUGAAAGUUAUUUCAGGUUCUAAUUGGAGUGCAGAGAUUUGGGACCAUAGUAAGAAAAUUAGUGAAAGGCAUAUUGUUAAGUUGCAUCAAAAGACUUGUACUUGUCUUGAAUGGCAGCAUACUGGCAAGCCAUGUCAGCAUGUAUUGGCCUUUGUAACCUCACAACGAGGAGUGGACCUUGAACAAUUUGUGCAUGACUACUACUCGGUGGAUAGAUUCAAGGCUGCUUAUGGUAGAGAGAUUGAGCCAAUGACAGGCAGAUCACAAUGGCCACAUGUGCAGCUGCCAUUUGUUGUUGGUGCACCUCUUAAUCCUAGAGAAAGUGGAAGACAAAGAAAACUUAGGAUAAAAGGAUGUCUCGAAGGUGGACACAAGAAGAGAAGUAGGAAAGAUGGUGAGGGUACCAGCAGUGCUACCAAUGCAGCUGACAAUGCUACUAAUGUAGGUGUUAUUGCUCCAACCAAUGCUAAGGGAAAGAAAAUGAUUAGGGGCCCAAUGACUUGCAAGAGAUGCGGUGAAAAGGGUCACAGGCAAGCUAGUUCUAAAUGCCCACUCAAUGGGACAAAGAAAAAGAGAAAGAGGCAACCUAGAAAGAAUGUCACGAAGGCUAAGCCAGGUGAGGUUAGCACCCCACAGAGACCAACUAGAGAGCAAAUAUUACGGGAUAGUCCAGGAAGGGUGACUAGAAGCCGUCUUGCUUUUUUGAUGGGAGAGGGCAGUUCUCCACAAUCUAUAGCCACUGCUCCAGAGAGGAUGCCAACUAGAGUUGAACCAAAGAAGAUGACGCCAAGAAGAAAGCUACAUACUGGAUGAACUUGUUUAGGCUUGAAUUAUAAAUUUGUGAGAUGACCUCAUUUAGAUAAAAUAAUGAAUGCGUGAGAUGAACUCAUUGAUACUCUUAUGGAUUCGGAUAUGAACUCGU